AUGGCUGCCCGGUGUACUGGCUACACGACUUCUGCUGUUAAGCAUGUGCAGGGCCUGUGGAAGGCAUCUGACAGUUUCUGGCAGCACCAGUGGGGUCUGGUGUAUGACUUGUUUGGUGAAGAUGAACAUUUGCUGGGAGCUCUUGGUACAUUUUUGGUUCCCACGUUGGUGUUCUGGUUAGUAAACGGUUCCCUUCUGGUUGUGGAUGUGACCGGCCAACCUGCCGCCCUGCUCAGAUACAAAAUACAGGAGGAAAAGAACGUUCCGGUGGACCCUGUAAAGCUGUGGAAAACCAUUAAGUUGGUUCUAUUCAACCAGUUUAUUGUGACUGGUCCGAUCGUCUUCAUAACUGCACCGCCCAUCCUCCACUGGCGCGGAAUGCCGUGUGGGCGGGAGCUCCCAUGGUUCCACUGGGUCGUGGUGGAGCUGACUGUCUUUGUGCUGGUGCUGGAAGUCAUGUUCUACUAUUCUCACAGGCUCCUGCACCAGCCUGCUCUGUACAAGAGAAUUCACAAGAAGCACCAUGAGUGGACGGCCCCCAUUGGGAUUGCGGCUGUGUACUCCCAUCCUGUGGAGAACAUCCUGUCCAACCUACUUCCUGUAGCUGCAGGUCCCAUCCUGAUGGGGUCCCAUUUGGUGACCGUCUGGCUGUGGUUCUGCCUGUCUCUCACCGCCACGUCCAUCUCACACAGCGGCUACCACUUCCCCCUGCUGCCCUCCCCAGAGGCACACAAUUUCCACCAUGUGAAGUUUAACCAGUGCUACGGUGUGAUGGGGGUUCUGGACCGUCUCCAUGGGACAGACGAGCAGUUCCGCCACAACAAGGCGUACGAUCGCCACGUCACGCUGCUGGGUCUGACUCCGCUAUCCUGGUCCAUCCCAGACAAACCCAAGGCGAGCAAGGAGACCCUGGCCUGUCACAAGACGUCUUGCCAAAUGUCUAGCCAUGGCCCCAUGUCAUGUGGUCAGACUCAAGACAAUAACCAAGUGCCAAUGGGGAAGAACAGAGUAAUUCACUAA